ACUCUGCCGACCAGAUGAAGUCACUUGUCGGCCGCAACAUACUCUUCUCUUAAAGCGACGACGGAAAUGCUACAAGGAUCAGCAGGGAUAUUGGCAUGGCUGCGUAUGCUCGGUCAUCGCUGUGUCCGCGUUUCAAAACAAUCGCGACGAGACUUCUGACCGCGAAGCUCGUGCCCAAUCUCACGUCUCAGAGGCGAUUCUAUCUGAGAAAAUCAUGGGCAUGAACCGACCGAUUCGUGAACUGACCACCAGAUGGUGUCUAUUCAAAAGGAAAUGAUGAGUGAAGACGUCGGAAGCGCUGAGACCGGAGCUUUCUUUUGUUAUGUCGCCAGCGCGAUCGACCAUGGAUGGCUUGUUCAGCUCAUAGCCAAACGAAGUAGACACAAUCGCUUGGGGAUCUCGUCUUCAAAUGUCACUUUUACUGGCGGGUUUCAAGUGAAAACCGUGGAUAGAAUGGAUAUCACGAGAGGUUGCGAAGGACAGUACUAGGAUUAACCAUUUUUGUUGACGCAACUGCCCAGGCAGUCUCUCACAUGGCCGACAACAAGAACAAGACCUCGCAUAGUGACUCAAUAUCACUACUAUUUGAACGUCAUUGUGUGACCCACAGAAAACCGACUCCUAACUAUCCUUUCUCUACCACCAGCCUUCACUUUUACCUCUACUCUUCAACCUUCAACCGUCAAUCUUCAAUAUCAGUUUCACUUCGGCCUACCGCAUCCUUCAUCCUUCCAACCCAGAUCAACACCUCAAUCGAUCGCAGUCGCAUCAUCGCCUCACACAGAAGUCCUGUCAACAUCCCUUUGUUUCCUUUGACCUCGGCUUUGACUUUCGACUUCGCAAAUCUCCACAGUACAGAACUUCAACUCGUCACCCUCACUGAAUCUUAGUAUCUACCACGCUGCCUGAAUGCAGAACCGCUUACUCCAACACUACAUCACUGCCUGCAAAUUACCUUUGGAAGUUACUUGAACGAUCGAUCGAACUUCGGAGCCACAGAAACCCCGUACCAACAGAGUAUUUUCUGAGGUCCUCUAUUUAUUCGAAACCCAUCAAUGCUUCUUCCUGUCUUCAACGAACCUUAAGGUAAUCUCACCAGGCCGAUUUCACCCACCAAGAUGAACAGAGCCCAACAAGAGGAAUGGCUUGACCGACAAUGGGGAGGCAAGUCUUGGCUCCUCGACGACGUCCGCAAGGCACAUGAAAACCCCCCCAAGCAAAACGAGCUCGGGGGCGGUGCAGUCGACUCCCUGGUCAAGAUCACUAGAUUGGCCCAAGACAAAGGUAUCCAGCUGGCAUCCCUGUGGAGUCAGGCAUCACCUUACAAUGUGCUUUGGACCGGUGUUAGCCAGCAUCCUAAAAACUCUCUCCGAUUAACUAACGAUAUCGCGAGAGCUGCCUUUAACAAGCUCAAGACAACCAUGCAAUCUCAAAGGGCUCAAGAAGCUGGCGGCCCAUCAGAGGUGGCCAUUAUGGAGUCCCGAGAGACUGAGCCCGAGGCUUGUAUGUACGUCGGAAGUGAGCAUGUUGAGAGCGACAGCAGCGAUAAUGAGGAUAUCGAGCCCGUCCUCAAGACCACGCGAAGCCCGAGCAUCGUCUUGGGCGGUUCCCCCAGAUCGCCAGUCAAAUCGCCACCCAAGGUCGCUGGCAACAACGACAAGGGAAUCUCUUCGACCUCCACCUUCAGGCACCAGGAGCCCCCAGAGCAGAGACCUGCUGUUUCGGGUGCUCCCUCUCUACCUCUACCCCCACAAAGGAACAUUUCUCGUCAUUUCACCCAACCACCAAUUGCCACUUCGUUCAAGCGCAAAAGAGAAAAAGAAUCCAGUGCGAUGACCCCACAGCGAUCCAUGAAGCGUGCCGAAACUUCCAAGGGAGAAGAAGAGAGGGUUGACGAAGCCACCGCUAUUUAUAAGCAGCUCACCAACAAUGUGAAACUUACGGAUGAUACGCUUCAAUUCCUUACAAAAGCUCUCGUUUCCUGGUACCCAAUGGAACAAGGCAAGGUCAAGGUCCUCGACCCUCUCUGGUUCAAGGUUGACGGAACAACUACUGGACACAACAUCAAGCUCGACGGGUAUACCAAGCUUUGCUUCAGUAUCCAUCAUCUAAAGCCUAAGCAUUGGACCUUGGCUAUCGUUGACAUCGACGACGAUGCGAAAUCCAUGGUUUUCAAUCACCAUGACUCGAGCCCGUGCUGGGAUCGGUUCGAUACGGUUUGCGCCAGCUUCCAGAAAUGGAAGGAAACCGUCGGACAUAAAUUCAAGCUGCGGUUCAACAAUGUCGCACCUUGUACUCCACAGCAGGAUAACAUCAGCUGUGGAAUUCACGUGCUAUCCUGCCUACGACACGUCCUGACAGACAAACCCUGCCCCCCAUCGCUCAACCCGCGUGCAGAGCGCAGGUUCUUCAUCCGAAAGAUCAAGGAAUCUGACGAAGGCCAUUAUCCCCUACAGGAAGUCAAGAAGGUCAUCGAAAAACAGGAGUACGAAAUGCUUUUGGAAGCGAUUCGAAAAGAGACACCCGGAUCACUCGAAUCAGACAGACAUCUUGCGGCCGUUGCCUUGGACCACGCCCGUGAUGGCCUGAGAGAUGCCCAGGCUGCGCUGAGCCGCCUCAGAAUCGAGCAGGAUACUCUGGCCGAAGCACUAACUCGCCUGGACGCUGCUGUCGAGACUAAAUCCGAGCCCGUUCGUUAUUUGAGCUUCGAACCCUUGGACAGUCUGCGAGCUGGCAGCCAGCAAGAGCUUUCUGCCCACAUGAGUCGAUAUAGCAAAACGCUUAUGGAUCAGAGCUUUGCCAAUGGGUCUGAGAUAAGCAGAAAGGUCCUCCGCGAACAUUAUGAUGAGAUCAUCGACAAACUGGAGCAAGCUGAAAAGGAGGUCGCCCAGAAACAAAAGGAAAUCGAUGAGGCAACCAAGGCUGUGGAGAUCAAGGCUCAGAUGUGCGACCUGAAGGAAAGCGUGAACAACAUCUUGAAACAGCACGGGUCUCUUCUUCCUUCGAACAAUUGGCUUGGGCGGGCUUCAAAUUAGCUGCAAGGAUGGGUGAUUUGAAGGACGGCCAUGAGCGAGGCAGCGCACAAGAAGUGAAAACUGGGUUCCGGUUGUGAAUUAGACUGAGAUCUUAGGCGUAAAAGUUUUUAUUUGUCAUUUAUCCUUCAUCAACGCGUGGAUCUGCUGUGGCCGGUGUAAACUCUCGCGCGCGAUCUCAUAAAGUGGAACAUAAAAGGCCUCUAAUAUCGCAUAAAACUUGGG